GGUUAUCGGUGCGGACAAACGCGUAUCGCUAUUCUGUUGCUAAAACUUCUCCCCACGCACGCUAGACGACGUCUGCGUCUCGUCCACCUUUUGCUCGCCUCUGACCCCGUUGAUGCAGCCCUCGGUACGCGGUGAAAAGUCGGCACAAGUCUGCGCCGUACACCCCAGCGCCGGUCAACGGGACGUGCGCGCCCCCGGAGCGAGAAAGCCACGCAAUGAAGGCACUUUUGGCGUACGGUGACUCCGAUUCAGACGCAGAGGAAUAUGAUACUGGUGAGUGUGGUAUAACAUCAAAGCACGCACAGAAGGCGUCGUCAUCAAGUCUUCAAGUCAUUGCUGAGAGCACAUCCCACGGCGGUCAGUGUGUCAUUGCCACGAAAAGUGGAACUGCCAGCAGCAGCAACAACAUCAGCUGGUUGGGACUGACCCCUCUCAACACUGUGAACACCUGGGCACAGCACAUUGAGGCACCCAAGCCCUGGACCUCAUCUUCCACUCCUUGGCCACUUUUUGCAAAAAAGCAGGCAACUGCUGAGCAGAGAACCCAUGGGUCGGAGCACUCCUCCAAGGGGAAACCCAUCAAUGUUGGCCCUCUCAGGCCUUACGUGCCAAAGAGACAAAGGCUCAGCGAGCAGGACACACGGCCACCUGAAUUGCCUUCGCCCGGAGCCUCGCCACUUUUCGGGGCAAUUAGACCGUACGUGUCGAAAAGACAGAGAUGUGGAGAUGCUGGUGACGCUGCAGACCAUGGGGGUGGUUCUCAAGAUGGGAACACCGGUGGUGGUGGUGGUGGUAUUGGUGUGGGCCAGGGUGAGCUCGGUGGAAUUGACGGUGGACAAGCCCAAAAGACGAGCAGUGGUGCAGCUGACCACAGAGCACUCAUCAGGGGCAUCUCGCCAGUGGUUGCCCCUUACCUGGACUGCAAGUAUUCGGGCACGCAGUUGACAAGCCGGAUCUACAUGGAGCUGGCCGGCCACGGUGGGGCGGUGAAUGCCCUUCGUUGGUGCCCUGUGCGGACCCAGAGCCACCUGCUGUUGACCGCCUCCAUGGACAAAACUGUCAAGGUGUGGGAUGGUGUGGGUCAUGGGCUGUGCGUGCAGACCCUGCGGCACCACACUGCUGCAGUGCGGUCUGCACUCUGGAUGCCGUGCGGAGGCCGUGUCCUCACCGGCGGGUUUGACUCUGCCACCUGCCUGAGCGACGUGGAGACUGGUCAAGUGAUGGCCAGGAUCGACCAUGGCUCGCAAAUCAUGUGUUUGGCCUUGCACCCCUGCCAGCCGAACCUGUUUAUCUCAGGAGGCUUCAGCUCUGCAGCAAAAGCCUGGGACUUAAGGACCUGCAAGGCACUGCGCGAGUUCCGCGCGCCCUGCCAGCAGGUGCUGGCCAUGCUGUUCCUGCGCGGAGGCGACGAGUUCAUCUCCAGCACGGACGCUGUCAGCCGCGACUCGCCCGACCGUACGCUCCUCGCUUGGGAUCUCGGCACAGGCGCGCGCAUCUCUAACCAGAUCUUCCACGAAAGAUACACGUGUCCCAGCCUCUGCCUCCACCCGCGCGAGCCGGUGUUUGCGGCGCAAACCAACGGCAACUACAUCGCGGUGUUCUCCGCGCAGCGACCGUACAGCAUGGACAAGAAGAAGCGCUUCGAAGGCCACACGGUGGAGGGCUACGGCGUGGCGUGCGAGUACUCUCGCGAUGGCUCCCUGCUGGGCACGGGCAGCGCCGACGGUUCCGCUCGCUUCUACUGCCCACGCUCGGGGCGCCUGCUGGCGUCGCUGGCGGCGCACGCCGGCGGGCCCUGCCUGGGCGCCACCUUCCACCCCGUGCUGCCCCGCACGCUCGCCACCGCCGGAUGGGAUGGCGGUGUUCGCGUCUGGAACUGAGACGGUGGGGAGAGAGAGAGGGAGGGAGGCGGCCGGACGGAUGGCGGUGCAGCAGUGAAUUCUUUAUUUAUUUGUUUGUUUUUAUCCAUGCGGAGCGCUGCCUGAGUGUUGUCCUCUUGCGCGGACCGUGGGUUUUUUUCCGACCACUACAAGUUCAUCCUGUGUGCGAAAUUGGCCGAACAUCCCAAUUCAGAACCCGACCUGAAGGAGAGUCCUGAGCCUCCGUGAGGCUGUUCUGGAUAAAGAAUUUGACACCUGUGACGUUCUGAAGCUAGUUGGACGCUCUGCCAUAGUACUACCCAACGAGAUUUCAUUUACAGCUCUGACACCAAUUGCCUCUGUUGGCAAAUAUACAAUUGGCAACUUUCAGACAUUCCACCAGUUAGAGGUGUUUUCGUUUACAUUCGUGUGGGACAUCACGUCCAAUUAAUUCAACUUCUUUUUUUUAUGGCUCCAAAGCUGAAACAAACAAAACGCAGGAUUCAUGUCAACGAAGCGUCAUAUUUAAUAUGCAUAGUGCGCGAUGCUUUGCAAAGAAUGGGCAAAGGUGCAGACCUGCAAUUUAUUUCUCAAUCCACCGCUGGUGGAAGAGCCUCCACCAGAGGGAGCUCUGGAAAGCGCCUUCUCGUUGGGCACUCUUGGCCUUCUGUGCCAUGCUGCUGGAAGAGGUGGAAAGUGCCCACACGGAUAAAGGCGGAACGGUGACGGCGCAUACUAACGGGACAUGAAAGUGAUGAUGAGCAAUCUGAGAUCCUUGCGUUCACGAUUACCCGACUUUGUUGCAUUUCAGAAGUAAUCCUGUCAAUGAUAUGUUAUCAAGCAAUAUCUGAACAAGUGUCUACAAGUGAAAUGCAAUCUUACAUGUUGCCAAUUUCACGAAUAAACGUAUAUAACUCA